AUGUGCCACCUCCUCCCCUACGCCUCUCACACCUGUCCCCACCGUUGGGUCGUCCUCGCCGUGCCCUGCGCGCCCAACCUGACCUUCGCCUCCGCGCCGCCCGGUCACCGCUUCACGCGGCCCACCACCCUCCUCGGCAGCACACAGUGGUACCCUGCGGCACCGCGCACCUGCCCAGACUGCGACCUGCACGGCAACUACAACGGCGACAAGAUGCGGAUGUACCUGGGCAAGGGCAUGGCCGGAGAGCGGGCGGGCCGAGCGGGUCUGUGGGGUCCGUAUGGAAAUGGAUUCUGGGGCGGGCGAACGGUUACGGAGGGUUGCGCGGGGUAUGGGGCGACAGGAUAUGUGCCGGGGGUGCUGGCGGUGGAGGGCCAGGGUGGCUAUAGUCUGAGGGGGGAUUGGAUUGGUGCGGGAGCGGGAGCGGGCGCAGGAGGGUAUGUGAGGCCACCGAGGAAGACGCCGGGGAGGUGGCCGGGCCAGGGGUUUCUGGGGUGCUUCGGUAUUUGA